UUGUAUUUUCUCAUUUUAUUACUUUGUAUUAUUUCAAGUGAAUAGAAGUAUAGAUCAUUAUCAAAGAUUCAAAGGGCAUUCUAUUGCCAAAAAAAAUAAAAAAAAAAUUAUAAUAACAAUAUUUAAAAAUUAAUAAAAAAAUAAAAGGAAUAAAAAUACUGUAAAUCACUUCCACAAUUCAACAAAAAAAAAAACACAAAUACCGCCUAUACGGCAUUGAAGGAAACAAUCGCCCCCAAGCUUUGGCGCCGAGAGAAACAAAAAAACACAGCAAGCCAAUAUUCAACACAAAAAUGGCAACAUUAACAACAACUUUGUGUUGCAGACCUCAAAAACCUUUGAAAACCCUAAUACCCAUGUCAUGUUCAUCUCCAUUAGCCCGUUCAAUUAUCUCAUUUUCUCUCAAGCAAAACAUCAAACACUUGGUGUGCAAGACAUUGCCGCGAUGUUCACUGGACAACCGAGACUCCUACGAGUCUUCUGGAACAUACCCACGACCCUCGGACAUUCAGUGGAAGAAAGAACUCUGUAAUUCUGUUCAACUUAUUGGCAUUGUUGCGUUGCCUGUUCAAUUUAAUCAACUUAGCUCUGGCAAAGUUGUUGCUUCUACCCGUCUUGCUGUUCGGAAAUCUCCCACUGAUACUAGUUGGAUCAAUUUGACAUUUUGGGAAGAUCUGGCACAUGUAGCUAAUCAGCAUUUGGAGAAAGGUCAGCAGAUAUAUGUCUCUGGCCGUCUGGUGUCAGAUACUGUUGAAAGUGAAGAUGGGAAACAACAGACUUACUACAAGGUAGUUGUUCAGCAACUAAACUUUGUUGAAAGGAACUCUUCUUCUCCAGUGGUCUUAUAUGAUGGCACCUCUGGUUCAACAACAACAGUUGGGAAGUUUGACAACUCUGCUUCAACUAAUAAGCUUUCCACUCAAGAGCUAUGGCAAGCAUUUUUUGCCAAUCCAACAGAAUGGUGGGACAAUAGGAAGAAUAAGAAAAGUCCCAAAUAUCCUGAUUUCAAGCACAAAGACACUGGUGAAGCUUUGUGGGUGGAUGCCAGGUAUAAUCCUCCAUGGGUGAAAUCUCAAUUGGAAAUAUUGGAUUCGAGAAUGCAGUCUUUUCAAAAGCAGGAAGACUCAAGUUUUUCCAACUAUUUCAAUGGUGGUUACUAGAUGCUGCGACUUCUUUGCUGCUAUUGGAUCACUUCUGUAUAAUUGCAUGCUCAUUUAUUGUCCAUUUCUGCCUUUUCGUUGGUUGAUUUAUGAACUUUGAGCUAAGCACCUUUCUAUUGUACAGGGUAUUAUGGUAUUAUUAGUUUUUUUUUUUUUUUUUUUUUUUUUUUUUUCACGUAGCCUUUUAGUGUAAUGUACAUUUUACCCCGAGUCUAUCUUUUAGGUGAACUUGUUAUCACUGAUCUAUUUUAAAAAAAUUUGUUAGAGUUGUGAUGAAUUUUGUGCAGUAUUUAGUACAAGUAUUUUUUUUUUAUUUUUUUCCUCACUCGACUUUUGGAUGAACUCAAAUAUUAUGGAAGAUCAAGUUGCUGUCAAACGUUGAUGGAUACCCAAAUAAUAUCACAUGAUGAUAUUGUAUAUGGUUGGCAGGAUGCUAACAUGGCUUCAUGGUAAAGAAUAUAAACCCUCAAUGAUUUCAUUUUCAGGAUAUGAUUUCAUUUUUCCUAUUCAUCGUUUUACUGAUUUAUUCAUCGUUAUACUGGUUUAAUUACCAAGACAGUGAUUU